GGAAAUGGAGCUCCUGGUCCGAUUUCAAUGAGAGCCAUAGGCCUCCAAAAAUAGGGUUCAAAAAGGGCCAGAGAGCAAGGAGUCAUCCCAUUUUUAGCCGUUGCCGUAGCUGGUCGUCGUCGUCGUCGCUGCUCCCAAUCUGCGGCCGUCGGUGUUGCCUUCGACUUUAAUCCACAAGGGCGAGCAGCACCGACCGAGCCGAUCCGCUCCUCUUCUUGGUUCUUCUUCAAUAAAUCAGCAGAGCAGGAAAGAUCUGUGAGCGUUCUUGCAGCCGGCAGGGGUCCAGGAUUACGAAGGAAACCAAGAACGCAAGAAACGUCUAAGAAGAGGGGAGGAAAGAUUUGGGUGUAGAUUGGUAGAUAUAUUACACAGGUUUUGUUUUGGUGUAGGUUAUUAGCAAAUAAAUAGCUGGAGAAGAAGCCUGGCAAAAAAAAGGUGAAAUUUGUGGAGAACAUGUUUGGGAUCCAAACCAGGGAUGUGGCAGAAGAUUUCAACUCCUGGAGGAGGACAUUAAGGAACACACCCACCGUCUCAAUGCCCAUGAACAACCACAACAUUAUGUACAACACAGGCAAGAGUUUGUUCAAUGUACACCUCAUGUCUGUCAAGUUUGAAGACCUGUAUGGAUUCAUGGUGGAGGGCAAUGUGGACGAUGUCAAUGUGCUGAAUGAGGUGCGGGAGAGGAUCAGGGAGCAAGGCAGGGUGUGGUGGGCGCUGGAGGCAAGCAAGGGUGCAAAUUGGUAUCUCCAACCAAAGAUUUCUUCAAACGAGGGGGUGAUCAGUGUCACAUCACUCAAGUUGUCAGUGCUCACUAAUACAAUUACAUUGAGGAGGUUGAUCAGGAAAGGUGUCCCCCCGGUGUUGAGGCCAAAGAUCUGGUUAUCUGUGUCAGGAGCAGCCAAGAAGCGGUCAACGGUGCCAGAAACAUACUAUGAUGAGCUAAUUCGUGCUACGGAGGGGAAAACCACACCAGCCACAAGGCAAAUCGAUCAUGAUCUUCCUCGCACUUUCCCUUGUCAUCCUUGGUUGAACAGUGACAAAGGUCAGGCAUCUCUGCGGCGAGUACUUGUGGGGUACUCAUUCCGUGAUUCAGAAGUUGGGUACUGCCAGGGUCUAAACUAUGUAGCUGCACUCUUGUUGCUUGUGAUGAAGACAGAGGAGGAUGCAUUUUGGAUGCUUGCUGUACUCCUUGAGAAUGUACUUGUCAGUGAUUGCUAUACUGACACUCUUUCUGGAUGUCAUGUCGAGCAGAGGGUGUUCAAAGAUCUCCUGGCUAAGAAGUGUCCAAGGAUUGCUGCUCACCUUGAAGCAAUGGGGUUUGAUGUUUCACUUGUUGCUACAGAAUGGUUUUUGUGCCUCUUCUCAAAGAGCCUGCCUUCAGAGACAACACUUCGGGUAUGGGAUAUAUUAUUCAAUGAAGGAGCCAAUGUUUUGUUCCGUGUUGCUCUCGCAAUUUUCAAGAUGCGAGAAGAUGAUCUACUGCGCAUCCAACAUAUCGGUGAUGUGAUUGAUAUUUUGCAAACAACCACACAUCAUCUAUAUGACCCUGAUGAACUCCUGACAUUCGCGUUUGACAAGAUUGGUUCAAUGCCAACAAAUACAAUCACAAAGGAAAGGAAAAAGCAGGAGACUGUUGUCCUGGCUGAGCUUGAUCAAAGAACAAGACGGCUGAGUUCACUCAAGAUGGAUGGAUAGUUUGUAAAAUACAAGUUCUUGAAAGCUGUAGUCUUGGCCUAUUCGGCACCUGGUCCCACAGCGUAUGCUUCACUGAGCGAAAAAUCAUGGGUCUACCGAAUACUGGGAGAUGGAAAGCUGCAGUAUGUGUUUGUUGAACACGAGUUUUUGGACUUCAUAUUGUGUGCUUUUGUGUGUUCUUCCUUUGUGUUUGCAAUUCAUAUUUACAAGAU